AUGUUCGGAGGCUUCCAACCACCGCAACCCUCGCCCGAGGAGCUCCGCGCCGCCGAGGCCGAGGCGGCCUUCACUCUCCAGCGGGCCGUGGCCACUGCUGCGGCGCUCUACCUCUCACCCUUCGUCAUCGACGCCAUCUCUAAGAUGUUCUAA